CCCUCCCGCACUCCCCAUUCAUUUUCAAGUGCUGACAAGUUCCAAGCCAGGAAUUCAGCCUGCCCCGCGCAGCUGACAGGAAAUGAUGCUCGGCUUCCUUGGCCCUCGGGUGGAGGGGAACUUUCUCACUGAGCUGUUGCACCCUGACUGUGCGGGGCUGCUCCUGAGGGGCCUUUUUCUGCAGCUGGGCAGGCCGGGACAGCAGAGAUCUGAGAACGGGACAGGGCGACUGCAGAGAGAACUUGCUCCCCAGUGCUUCCAUCCUGGCCGGGACAUGGUGGUGAGGGGCUGGGCCUGCCCCGCUCCCUGCCACUCAGGGAACAGCUUCACUGCAGGAUCCAGGGCUCCAGUUCAUCAGCUCCUGUCCAACCCUGAGGCCAAGAAGAGCCACCCUGCUAGAUGCUGGGAGCCCGUCGUUCACGCUCCAGUGCUGCCCUGCUCUCCACCGUCCUUCUGCAUGUUCAGGCUGUAGUGGCUGUGAGUUUCCAGGUGCUGGUUCCUGCCGACCCCCUCUCUGCCCCAUUGGGGGGCACUGUGCUGCUGCCCUGCCACCUCUCCCCCACGCUCAGUGCCCAGGCCAUGCAGGUGAAAUGGAGCCGGCCCCUGCUAGGGCAGGAUGUCCACAUGUACCUUCCGGAUGGGAGCGAGGUGCAGGGUGAGAGGUACCGGGGCAGGACGGAGCUCUUGCGGGAUGGGAUCCAGAGUGGCAGCCUGGCCCUGCGGAUCCGGAAUCUCACCCUGCGGGAUGAAGGGCGCUACCUCUGUGACUUCCAGUCCAACAGCACCAUUGGCAAUGCCACACUGGAGCUCCAUGUGACAAGCUCUGGCUCGGACCCCCUCCUCCACAUUGGUGGAUACGAUGGCAAGCAGAUGAACGUGACAUGUCUCUCUGUGGGGUGGUACCCGAAGCCAAAGAUGCUCUGGAGAAAUGGCCAUGGGGAGAGACUGACCCUAUCUAAGGAGGAAAAAAUCUCCAGAAACCGGGGCCUCUUUGAUGUCUCCACCUCCGUGGUAGUGACCAAGCACUCGGACCCAAAACUGAUCUGCGCUAUCAGACCCAGGUCACCCGGCCCAGAGAAAGUCUCAGUCAUUCUCAUCUCUGAUGACUUUUUCCCCCAAGUCUCCUCUUGGAAGGUUGGCCUCUUCUUGUUCCUGUCAGUGUGUGUUUGCCUCCUCUUCUUGCCUGCCUGCUACUUAUGGAGGGUUCAAAGAGCUAAAAGGAAAUCCUCCAGUUUAACCACAAAGACGUGAUGGAUCCUUCGAUACAGGGGAAAGGAAAUCACAGCCCUACAUGGGUAUCAAUUGUUAUAAAGCAACACACCUGCUCUGCUCCCCCAGCUAACAUUAUUUUCAUUAUAUGUGUUACAGAUACACUUCUGUGACCCAACCAAGAUCAGGGCUCUGUAACGUCAGAUACUGCCCAGACACACAGUGACCGAG